CUCCAGUUUGUCAGAGAGUUGGGAGAGGAAUGUGCUGUACCGGUGGUCAUGUUCUUAUCCUUCGUUAAAGAGCUGACAGAUGCUUCCCAGGACAAACAGUGGGGGGCUUUUCUGACCCCUAAAUGUGUUUCCUCGCUGUGAUUAUUCCAUUACCGACACAAUGUCUGCCAUAGACCCCUAUCAGUACAUUAUAGUAGAGCACCAGUAUUCUCAUAAGUUCAGAGUGACUGUGGUGAGAGCAGAGAAUGUCACUAAAGGAGCGCUCGGGGACCUGCUGGACACGCCAGACCCAUAUGUGGAGCUGUCAAUCCCAACAGCUCCAGAGUCGAGAAAACGAACACGGCACAUAGACAACGACAUCAACCCAAAAUGGAACGAAACGUUUGACUUCCUGCUGGACCCCAAACAGGAGAAUGUGCUGGAGAUGACAUUAAUGGAUGCUAACUACGUGAUGGAUGAAACUCUGGGCACGGCUACUUAUUCCAUCGGCACACUCAAAAUAGGGCAGCCAGAGACUGUAACCAUGUCUAUUGGCAAGACCACCAAGGUGUACCUACAGCUGUUGCUGGAAGUGUGUUCAUCCACUGACCUGCGCUUCAGCAUGGCCUUGUGUGACCAGGAGAAACUCUUCAGGCAGACGCGCAGAGACAGGGUCAUGCUGGGCAUCAAGAAGCUGCUCCACAUGGAGAACCCGCGCUUUCUGCCCAGCUCGCAAAAAGAGGUGCCUACCAUAGCCAUUGUGGGGUCAGGAGGCGGUUUUCGGGCCAUGGUCGGCUUUUCUGGCGUCAUGAAGGCUUUGUAUGAGUCUGGAGUGCUGGACUGUGCGACCUAUGUGGCUGGACUGUCUGGAUCUACAUGGUACAUGUCCACUCUGUACUCUCACCCUGAGUUUCCAGCUAAAGGCCCCCGAGAGAUAAACGAGGAGCUGAUGAAGAGUGUGAGCAACAGUCCUCUCAAACUGCUGAUGCCCCAGCACAUCAAACGCUACAUCAAAGCACUGUGGAAUAAGAAGGCAGCCGGACAGCCGGUCACCUUCACUGACAUAUUUGGGAUGCUGAUUGGAGAAACGCUCAUUCCAGGGCGGAUGGACACAAAAUUGAGCUCCAUGCAGGAGAAGAUUAAUGAAGGUCAGAGCCCCUUGCCUCUCUUCACCUGCCUGCACGUCAAACCCAGAGUUUCUGAGCUCAUGUUUGCCGACUGGGUGGAGUUCAGCCCGUACGAGAUUGGCAUGGCCAAGUACGGCACCUUCAUGCCCCCCGAGCUUUUCGGCAGCAAGUUCUUCAUGGGCAGCGUGGUGAAAAAGUACGAGGAGAACCCACUGCACUUCCUCAUGGGUGUGUGGGGCAGUGCGUUCUCUAUCCUGUUUAACCGGGUCCUGGGGGUGAAGGAGACCACAGACGGCAGCACAAUGGAGGAAGAACUUGAGCAAAUUAAACUCGAGCAGAUUGUUGGAAACGACUCAACAGAUAACGAAGAGGAGCCUCGGAGGGCUGGUACCGAGAGUGCGGAAGUGGAGGAUGAGCGUCAGCGUCACGCUCAGGCCAGUUGGGUCCAGUGGAUGUUCUCGUCUGUGGUGGGCGACUCGUCUCUCUUUAACACGCGUGAAGGUCGAGCAGGGAAGGUUCAUAACUUCAUGCUGGGCCUGAACCUGAACUCCACCACACCCUUCACACCCUGCAGCGGAAUCAUGCACCAGGUCUCGGUGGAUGAGGAGGUGGACGCCAUCACAGAUCCCAAUGAAUUCAAGGACAUCUAUGAGCCUCUGGACGUCAGGAGUAAGAAGAUUCACGUGGUGGACAGCGGUCUGACCUUUAACCUCCCCUACCCGCUGAUCCUGCGUCCACAGCGGGGCGUCGACCUCAUCAUUUCCUUCGAUUUUUCAGCCAGACCUGGAGACUCCAGCCCUCCAUUUAAGGAGCUGUUGCUGGCGGAGAAAUGGGCACGGAUGAACAAGCUGCCAUUCCCCAAGAUUGAUGUGAAGGUGUUUGACAGAGAGGGGCUGAGAGAGUGCUACGUUUUUAAGCCCACCAGAGGGGAAAAGCACUGCCCCACCGUCAUCCACUUCGUCCUGGCCAACAUCCACUUCAGAGACUUCAAAGCCCCGGGAGUACCCAGAGAGACGGAUAAGGAGAAGGAGUUUGGUGACUUUGAUAUAUUUGAUGAUCCUGAGACUCCUUAUUCCACCUUCAACUUCCAGUACUCCAACCAGGCUUUCAGACAGCUGCACGACCUGAUGGAGUUCAACACACUCAACAAUAUCGAGGUUAUAAAAGAUGCCAUCAAAGACAGCAUUCUCCAGAGACGAGAGAACCCAUCCCGCUGUUCAGUUACUCUCUCGCUGAAUGAGAUUGAAAACAAGAGGUUCCUGAAACGUGAUUCCAGCAGCAUAAGAAAGGACGGCCCGAAGAGAUAACCCGAAAAACAGCCAAAUCAGCCUGCAGGGGACCUGCGCUGAGGCAUCAGCAUCUGCUGGACAAUAAGUUAAAAAUGUACAUAAUGAAGCAUAACUGGAGACCCUUCUUCAAAGUUGGGGAAUUUUGUUGUUUUGUGAACUUUUUCACUCAUGUUUGGGGAGAUUUUCUUCAGUUACAGGCUUUUCUACAGACCCCUAUAAGGCCAUUACUAAGCAUUACCUGAUGCACUGCAUUGCACAUCUGUCUAAAGGAAUAGAGGAUCUUUGGCUGGAGGUCCUUUGAGAUGUGAAAAGGAUCCACACAUAGUUCAUAUUUCAUCACUGUCCAAAGAAAAACAAGUAUCUACAAAAUAGUAACUUUACAGGAGAGAGCCGAAACGGCCUUCACUUUUAAUGUAAGUCAGUGUAAAGAUAUUUUAUUCCAGGUCAUUUUAGAGCAUUGCUGUUAGUCCAUUCAUCAUUAAAUUCUCACACAAUGUAAAGGACAGCUAGUGUGUUCAAAUGAUACAUGUUUUUCUUUGAACAGCCACAAUUUGCUGUGUCCCAACUGUGUACUAAACACUAAUUUCAUGGGCUGGAGGUUAGCGAACCAGCCCUGUGAUCGGAACGUCGCUGGUUCGAUCUCGUGAGCCGACAGUCCAUGACUGAAGUGCUCUCGAGCAAGACACCUAACCCCCAACAGCUCCCC